CUGUCUUCCUUAGGCUUCAAAUGAAAAAGGCGAUACAGUGUUUGCUUAUCAGAAGAUAAACGUGCAGAGGAGGACGUAUUUAAAUAGGCUGCGAGAAAAUGGUCAGCAACCAAGUAACACUGGUUCUCUUCUGUGGAGAAAUCUGGAGGUCAUUUUCUACAGAAAUACCUCCAAAUGUUUCCAUCAAUGAAGGAAAAGCAUAUGCCAGUACCAGGAGUCCAAUGGGACACAAAGUUCAUGUAUAUCAGUCACCAGCAACUGUAUCCAGCUUGCACACAGCUCAAAUUAUACCUCAAAUCCCCGAAACACCCAGAGAACCCAUCGAUGGAAGCUGGAUUGCAGCGCUGUUAAUUGGCACAAUUUUGAUUAAUAUGAUAUUUGCUAUUACUAUUAUUCUUCUAUGGAAAUGCUGCAAAACGCCACGUCUAGUUGAUUCAAACUGGGCAGGCCGUUCUCCAUUUGCAGACGGAGACACGCCAGAUGUCUUUGUGGAAUCUGACCAGGCUACCAAACGUUCCUCGAUUUUAUCUAUGCUGCCUUGGAAAUUCAGGCAAGAUAUGCACUUACCAGAUUAUUCUUUUGCAUCAGAGAAACCAUCCAAUUGCACUACAAACAAUAAAGACAGCCAAUCGUCUGCCACAGGAGAAGACCACUCAGUUUCAGUAGUGACCAGUAUUUCAGUUUCCAAUACAAAUGCAUCUCCGUCUCCCAUCUCAGAAGGGGUAAGCUGUGCAUGUGACUCAUGUCCUCAUCCAGCUCCUUCACCUGAAUCCCAUGACCUGCCGCCCCCACCUGACUGGCUCAGGGAACCAUCUGAGAGUCACUGUCUGGGUCUCGGCGAAUAUCAGGAAUUGCACUCAGAAACACAGGAACAAUUUCCCCCACUUCCCGAGUUAGCUGUUCAAGAGAGUCAUGAAUCACUGCCGCAGCUGCCACUGCCAGAACAUCCUCUGUAGAGUGACCAAACUGCAUUCCAACGUACUUCACGUUUCUCUUAAAUGGAGUAUUCUUUAAAUAACUCAAUAAAAGAGAAGUUGAUGCAGGCAAGAACUGUGAGACCACAUCACAGGCAGUUCCUCAGCAUUUCUUAACUUCAGCUUUCACAAAGAGAACAACUUGUUUCUGCCUGAAGCAAAUGAUUUCGAAAUACAAUAUGGAUGGAGCCCACCGCACCUAAUGAUACCUUGUGAUUCCAGAUUUUAGAGACUACAGAGAACAGUAUAAACACCUGUGUAUGUCUGUAUAUACAUUAUAUAUAAAAUAUACACGCAUAGACAUUGAGCUUCAAGAAGCAGAGCACAGCUUGAGAGAGGAAAUCAGCUUCUAAAA